CAAUGAAAACAAUGGCCGCCUUUUUGAACCAAUCAGCGUCGAGCCCGCGCUCUCGCCAUCGCGUCUUUGUCAUAUCUCGAAAAUUAGUACGCCAGUGCAGUGAACCCCGACGGUAAAUUGAAGAUUUUCCGUGAAAUAUCGUUAUAAAACUUAUCAGGUUCCGCGGAUGCGGUUGGGAAGUGAUUCGUAGUUUUGGGAACUGUUGAAACGAUGUCUGCAAUAAGUGUGAGGGCACCCGGUCUGCAAGCCACCGUGUUGGACACUAGGUCUUUACGUGUACGAGGAGUGACCACUCUAGAUGGUGUCAGAAGAAACUUAUUCGGGUGUACUGAUAGGGAAGAAAACAGACGAUUCGUUGAGCGGGAACUGGCCAGACAGUUGGAACUCGAUAGUCAGAGAUGGGGCUUCGAUUUUGCAAGCGAAACACCCCUGCCUGGAGCUCAAAGGUUUGCAUGGCAACUGGUACCUGCUUCGUCCAUCCCUGCGGCGCUCAGAAGGUCUCCUAUCAGUAUGACGACGCCGAAACCAAGCGUUCCCAAGCAAGAACCUAAAGUAUCGAGUCCAGACAACAGCAAAACGCAAAAAAGAAUAACAGAUUUCUUGAAACCCCGCAAGCGGCUGGCGAACAGCGGGAAGAAGUCUCCAGCGCACAAGCACAAGCACGAAUGCGGCCACGGGGCGCACAUCCGUCCCCCGAAGGUGGCGAGACUUGCGCAGGCGCAUUUCAAGCGCACCAGUUAGGCCGAGGCGAUGUGCAACACCCGCAGCAGUUGAACAUCAAGAAAAGAGAUUUUUUUAGGCAGCUGAAAACUGAAAAGGAAUUCAACCCAGGUGCUCGAUUACGGUAAAAGGACAGCUACCAGUGUGACUAUCGCAAUCACCUCUUACUGGCCGACGCUCGCUAUUGGAUACAAUGCAUUGUUGCAGCAAGAAUACCAUAAAUUCAGCCAAUCAAAACAAUUGCGAUUGUAAUAAUAAUGAUAGAUGCAGGUUUUCCGGAAUCGAUCUACAGAUUGAGAGCAUUGUCGGUAUUGGAUAAAGUUGACGCUUUUCUGGUAUUAUCUUUCUAGGUCUUGAUUCUCUGAGAUUGCAAUCGUGUCCGCGCGUGAAAUGCAUUUUGUGACGUAGAACUAGGGUUGCCAUCUGCCACUUCUUGAUUUACGGGCUACCAUAAUAAAAAACACGGGUUUUAGAUUUUUUUACGGGAGGCUGUGUUUUACAUAAAUAUUUUAAGGGUUCCGUAAAUCAAAAGGAACAUACGGAA